GUUGUCGAGUUUUCUCGUUUGAAUUUAUUUGUUAUUUUGGAGAUUCUGUUAAAAGAUUUGUCGUGUAAGUGCAAUGGGAGGGGUCUGUUCGGCUGGAUCACCGAACAGAGGUGUAAUAAACUGGACCGAUGGUUUCAAGUACCCUGAAAAGAUCAAAAGGAUUAAGAGCUCUCGAGAGGAGUCAAAAGAUGCUCUCUCGUUUUCCGAUGUGAAUGUUUAUGAAUUUUGCCAGACAAAGGGCGAUUCUUGCGAGUUCCCGUUACCCAUUUCUGGUGAAUUGAAGCCGGCGCGACCAACAAGGACGGCGUCCAGCAAGGUGCCACAUAUGGGCUCAAUUUUGGGAAGGGCUCGCAUUGUUGGACUAGAGAGGGCUGUGGAGGUUUUAGACACACUUGGAAGUAGCAUGUCAAAUUUGAACGCCAGUACUGGAUUUGUUUCUGGGAUGACUUCCAGAAAGAACAAAAUAUCUAUCUUGGCAUUUGAAGUAGCUAAUACAAUUGUCAAAGGUGCAAAUCUUUUGCAAUCUCUGUCUAAGGAAAGUAUCCAGUUCCUGAAAAAGGAGAUCCUACACUCAGAUGGGGUACAACGACUAGUGUCAACAGAUAUGGAGGAAUUGCUAAGGAUUGCCGCUGCUGACAAAAGGGAGGAGUGGGAUGUGUUCUCCACAGAAGUAUUUAGGUUUGGUGACCUAUGUAAAGAUCCACAAUGGCACAACCUGGGUCGCUGUUUUCAAAAGCUGGAUUCAGAUACUACAACCCACAGGCAGAACAAAGAAGACGUAGAAAUGACAAUGCAUGAACUAGCAACUUUGGCUCUGAAUACUGCUGAAUUGUACCAUGAGUUACAUGCAUUGGAUAGAUUUGAACAAGAUUAUCGACAGAAGGUGGAGGAACUAGAGUCCUUGCAUCUCACUCAAGGAGGAGAGAAUCUCAUGAUAUUGCAAAGUGAACUAAAACACCAAAGAAAGCUUGUGAGGAGUUUGGAAAAGAAGUCUCUUUGGUCAAAAAAUUUGGAAGAGGUCAUGGGAAAGCUUGUUGACAUUGUUACUUUCAUUCAUGAAGAGAUCAUGGAAGCCUUUGGAAAUAAUGGUACAGCAUUGAUUAGCAAGGAUCCAAUUCACAAAUGUCAAAAAUUAGGUGUAUGUGGUCUUGCAUUACAUUACGGCAACAUCAUCGGUCAGAUAGAUAGUAUUGUGUGUCGGCGAAGUUCUCUUCCUCCUAAUGCAAGGGAUACACUGUAUCAUGCAUUGCCGCCUGGUGUUAAAGCAGUUCUACGUUCUCGAUUACAGUCAUUUCCGGCCAAGGAAGAGCUCACAGUUUCUCAGAUCAAAGAUGAGAUGGAAAAAACACUACGGUGGCUUGUGCCUGUAGCUUCAAAUACAACCAAAGCACAUAAAUCUUUUGGUUGGGUUGGAGAAUGGGCAAACACUAGUUCUGAGUUCAAGAAGAAGACAUCUGGACCUAAUAAUCUGUUGCGUCUUCAGACACUCUAUCAUGCAGACAGGGAGAAGACAGAGCUUUAUAUCCUCGAGCUGGUGACAUGGCUUCACCGUCUAAUCAGUCAAGUGAGAAGCAGAGACUAUGGAUUCAGGCCACUCUUUCCUGUUCGAUCCCCAACACAUAAUGUUCAAUUUUUAAGGUCUGUAUCUCAGCAAGGCUCAUCACCAUUGUAUAACAAUGGUAAAAUCAAUGGUGAAGCCCUGCUUUUACGGCCUGAAACCUGUCAAAGCUCAUCCUCAGUACCUUACAAUGGUAAAAUCAAUGGUGAAGCUCUGCUCUUACUGCCUGAAACCCAUCAAAGCUCAUCCCAAGAACAUAAUAUUGGGAAAAUCAAUUGUGAAUCCUUGGUUUUACAGACGAAAUACCAUCAAGGCUCAUCCACAGGGAAUAAUAAUGGUACAACCAAUAGCAAGGUCGUGCUUCAACUUUUACAGGCUGAAACCCAGCAAUGCUUAUCCCCUUCGCUUGAUAAUAGUGAAACCAACAUCAAGACGCCACUUCCAGAGCCUGAAAACCAGCAAGAAUCGUCUCUAGCGACAAAUAGUAGUAAAACCAGUAAGGUUCGUAAACUCUCUCAAGAAGACCGAGAUAUGUUGGAGAAGAUCCAGUGGAGAAGGCUGGUUCCUAUAAGAAGCAAAAGCCAGGAAUUUGGUGUGGGCAAGCAGAAAGGGAAGCAAGGUUUGAGGCUGUCCAAGAGCACUGGUAGCUCUUCAAUGACCUCAGUGCAAGGUUUGAGGCUGUCCAAGAGCACCGGUAGCUCUCCAAUGAGCUCAGUCCAUCUCAAGACAUUGACUGUACCAAGACAGAUGUUUUGGACGUGAUGGAUGGGCUGCAUAUCUCCUCGC